AUGUUUUCAUGCGCAGUCUUCAUUGCUCUCGGAGCUAUCCUCUCCCAACAGAAAUCUGUAGUCGUUGCCGCCACGUGUUGGAGAAACACACCUUGCACAGGACCAGCAACUGCAGCGUUUGCUGGAGACUGGGAUCAGUACAAUUUUGCCCCCGCAAGCAGAACCGUGUCUCCGAUCAGUUUCUACUCUCCCACGGGCGGUGCCUCAGCAAAAUUUCCAGGGGCAGCUGCAUUAAAGGGUAACAACGCUCAACUAAUUUUCGACUUUGGCAAGGAGGUGGGAGGUAUUGUCACGGUAACCUACAGCGCAACUGGAUCCGGAAAACUUGGUCUGGCUUUUACCGAGGCCAGAAAUUGGACAGGCGAGGCAUCAGACAGCUCCAACGGAUCCUUCAAUCCGGAUGGAGCGCUCUUCGCUACAGUCACGACGACCGCUGAAUCGAAUUACACCAUGCCUGAUGCGAAGCUUCGUGGUGGCUUCAGAUACUUGACUUUGUUUACGCAGACCUCCAGCUCAAUCAAUGUCAACAUUCGUGACAUAUCCGUCGAGCUUGCUAUUCAACCAAACUGGAGCAAUCUACGAGCCUAUCAGGGCUAUUUUUCGUGCAGUGACCCACUUCUCACCAAGAUUUGGUACGCCGGAGCCUACACGUUGCAGACCAAUGCCAUCCCUCCACAUACUGGCCGCCAAUUUCCUAUUCUAGGCUCAAGCUGGAGCAAUGACUUUGACUUAUCACUCGGUACAACGGGUGGGACAGUCUAUGUCGAUGGCAGCAAACGGGACCGCACUGUUUGGCCGGGCGACCUUGGCAUUGCAGUUCCGAGCAUUCUCGUCAGUACGGGGGAUUGGAAUGGAAUAGCAAACACACUACAGAUCAUUUACAACGAUCAAACCAGUGCUGGCGAAUUUCCUUUCGCUGGUCCCGGGAUCAACAUUUACGAAUCGGACACAUACCACAUGGCGACUCUGAUAGGAAGCUACGACUACUUCCUGUGGACCAAUGACCAGAAAUGGUUGAGCAACUUCUAUCCCAAGUACCAGAAAGCCAUGGCUUUCAUCACUGGGAAGAUUGACAGCACGGGGCUUUUGUUUGUAACCGGGACGAAUGAUUGGGGUCGCUUGUCUCAAGGAGGCCAUAACACGGAAGCGAACAUGCUGCUGUACAAGGUCCUCACAUCCGGAAGUCAAAUUGCGACGUGGGCCGGAGACUCGGCGUCCUCGACUAGAUGGGCAAGGGAGGCUGCAACUUUAAAGACCGCUGUCAACAGGUUGAACUUUGAUGCUGCUGCUGGUGCAUUUAGAGACAGCGACACCGAUGGCUCCAUUCACCCGCAGGAUGGAAACGCCCUGGCCCUCUUGUACUCCAUCCCAGCCGCCGCUGGCAUGGCCUCCAUCUCGACAGCGCUUACGAAAAACUGGAUCAGCAUCGGCGCGCUCGCGCCCGAGCUCCCCAACAACCUCGUCGGCCUCGGCCAAUCCCUCGAGGUCAAAGGCCACCUCGUCGCCAAGCAGACCGGCCGCGCGCUCGACCUCAUCCGCCGCGCCUGGGGCUGGUACCUCGCCCACCCGUCCGGCACAGCCAGCACCUGCAUCGAGGGCUACCUGUCCGACGGCACCUUCGGCUACCGGGCCGCGUACGGCUACGCGAACGACUACAGCUACACCAGCCACGCCCAUGGCUGGAGCACGGGCCCGACGGACGCGCUGACGAGCUUCAUCCUCGGCCUGACCGUCACGGCGCCCGGCGGCAGCCAGUGGAGCCUCGCGCCGCAGUUCGGCGACCUGACGCUCGCCGAGGGCGGCUUCACCACGCCGCUGGGGAGGUUCAGCGCGAAGUGGGCCCUGGUCCCGGGCGGGUACACUGUGGCCUGGGGCGCGCCGCCGGGGACCAAGGGGAAUCUCGUGCUCCCGGGGAGCAACAGCAACAGCAACGUCAUCAGCCGGAGGCCUCGUGGGAUCAGUGUCGAUGGGAAGAUGAGAGCGGUGCAAGCGCACGAGCUGAAUACGGCAACGGGGCUAGUGACGAUUGCUGUUCCGGGCGGGAAUCACAGCGUAACGGUCACCUACUGA